ACCACACCUAGUGCUGCUCCAAAGUACUUUUUCCAUGUAGAGAAAUUGCAAAGAGAGAUGAACAACGGACAGGAGGGGACUGAGGGGAAGGGGCAUUUACAGGACUGAAUGAAUGAAAGUGGAGGAACAAUCAGUAAGAUGGUGAUAUUGUUGGUUCUGUGAGACUGGCAUGUGGAAGGGCACAGACCAGGGAAGAGCAGCUGAAGACAAAGGCCCUUUGGAAACAUACUCUGCCUGUCUGGAACUGCAUCAGAAGAAGAAAUAAGUUCCUGAGUAGAAAGAGAUGAUGUGAAUGUGAUUAAAUGAAGGAGGCUGAAAAGAAGCUGUCCCAAGGAGGAAGGGGGGAGCUGCUGUGAAAAAAAGAUUCCUAGAAAACAGAGAACAGCAGCACAAAAACAAGGGGAAAGAUGUUUCUCCAUCGGUCUUUACAGUGGCCGUCUACUCCUACCUUCCUAUCGAAGCUUUUCCAUACUUCUCAGAGUACUCCACCUACCACUUACAGCCCACAGGAAAAAUCCAAGCAUUGGCAGUUUCCAGUAAUACCUCUGCCCAAUCUGUCUACUUUACGAUCUCUUCUUUCAAGCCCGAAGGAUGAAAGUGACAGUGGAGCUUCAUUUUCUUUUAGCAGUGCUCAACAUUUACAGAUCUGCAUCAAUCUAGUCUAUCAUAUAUUUGACAUCUGCACUUUAGGAUGCCUCUGGCUCUUUUCCCCAGUUUUUCAAGUGACCCUGGAUAUAUUUGGUAUACGUGGAGCCAUAAAACUUUGGAUCCAUGGUCUUGCCAUUUUCUUAGCCACAACAUAUGGCAUGUAUUUAGUGCUGUGGCUGGCUCAAGAGUAUCUUUUCCAGCUUGCCUCUCUGUAUGGCCUCCUACAGACAUUAGUGUUAACGGUUAGUCUAAGGGCUGACAGAGAUCAGGAGAAAGCAAAAGAGGAAAACGAAGCAGAACAGGUGGAAGAAUCUGUAGAGGAGAGAGAGCAAGGAGAGGACAGAUGGGCUGGAGGAAGUGAGGAAGAAGGAGGAGAUUCUGAUGAUGGGUGGGAGAGUGAAGGAGAAGUAGAAGAAAAAGUGGGCACUGAUUGAAUUCAUAUAUAUGUGUUGAAGGGUCCAAUAAUUGUUCUUCCAGUUUUAUGUACAUUCUACAUUCUACAUUGUGGAGGAAACGAUUUCCCUGGUUUAAAAGGUUCUUAAUUUUAAAUAAGGGAUGUUCCCUAAAAUGAUCACAGAAAUAGGAACUUCAUUGUUCCAAAAGGCGUUCAAAGGUGCACUCAUUCUUAAAUCAGCAAGUUGCUUUCUAGAAAAAAGAUAUGCAUUAUCAUUUAGUGGAUUUUCUUUUAAGGCAGUGUCCUUCUUGACAAAUGAGCACCUUAGAAGUCAAAAUGUAUUUAUGGUUUAAAACAUAUAUUUUUUAAAUAUUUUUAUAACUGUAUGUGUUUUAUGGAUAUAUAUGAAAUUCAAAUUGUAUUGUGGGGAGGACCAGCGCUCAUAAGCAAGAGAAUUAGACAAUAAUAAUUAUCUUGCUUAUGAGCGCUGGUCCUCUCCACAAUACAAUUUGAAUUUCAUUACGAGUCUGAGGGAGAACAGACAAUUUUCUGGAUCGGCAGAGAAAAUCGGACCACAGGGACCUUCAAUAUCCUUUCUUGUAUUAUGGAUAUAUAUUGUUUAUGUUGUACACUGGCGAUCUAGAACCCCACAAAUUGAGCAGAAUGUUUUACAGUUUGAGUGUAAAAGAAAGAAAUUCUGGCACAACCAGAACAUGCUGGGACUCUUUAAUGAAAUGGGACCAGAAUACAUUUUCAUUUAGAAAAGAAUAGACCGGAGGGGCCAAGAUGCAGGAUCAGAAUGAAUGAGUGGUGAAGCAGUGGAGCUGCAAUCUAACAGUGAAAAAAAAUAUCUGCAUCAUUUGUUAAAAGGUUCGGCAGGGGUCUAUAAGAGGAACCAGGAAGUCGAGCUCGGGCGGGUGUGGUUAGGGAAAAGCCCGACCCACACAAGGAGUGAGGAUAGCAAACCAAAUGAAUAGUGACUCCACUAAAUGUAUCAUUCAAUGUAAACCAAAGAUUACAACAGAAAUGUAAUUAUAUAUAUAUAUAUAUGAUUUAAUCAGUUCCAGUGUUAGUCUCGGUCUAGAGUUUGCUGGAGUCUGUAUGUCUGAUCAUCCAGCAGACUGUCACCAUUUAAUUGUUGUGAAGGCAACUGAAAGCUGGAAUUUUCCGAGUAUAUAUGUUUGUAUUUAUAUACCCCCUACUUGGAAACUCUGUGAGGUACAUUUAAAAUAUGUUACAUUAAUAGAAUUACUGGGAACAAUCCAAUAAUUGAAUAAAACAAAAAUACAAUGACAUUCAUAAUUAAGUGGUAAGAGGCUGUUUAGCUGAAUGUAUGUUUUCGAGCUGCUAUUUAUACACAAUGCUGUACAUAGAGUUUAUUCGGUACAAAGAGUCGGCUGCUCCUGCUGCCGUAGAUGUUUGUUUUUGGAGCUUGCAGCACAGGUGAAACCAGGCCCCUCUGUUUCAGAAAUAUAGGGGGUGAUUCACUAAGCAGCGAAAAUGCGCCAGCGACGCCUUUGCCACACUUCGCCAGGCGUAUUUUCGCCAGCGCUGCGCAAAUUCACUAAAAUCCGAAGUUGCGCUCAGGGGUAGCGUAAGGUUGCGAAGUUGCGCUAGCGUUAAUUGGCGAAGUUACGCCAGCGUUAGUCACUUCGAACUUUAGUGAAUUUGGGCCAUAGUCUUAACGUACUGAGCCGCUUGCAUGAAUACAAGUUAUUACUGUGAAUGUUUAGGAUGUGCAACCAGUGUUUGACUGAAAUUUAUACAAUAUGGACUAGUAAAUAUAUGCAUCCCCUGUGGCAUCAUUUUUUCAGCCUUGUGGAAUAAAUUCUUUCAGCAUACAUUCUCACUUGCCAUAAAUGAAAGGAUUUCUAUAAGGAAGAUUUCAUGAAAAAAAGCAGACAUGCUGCUUGGUUGCAGAAAACAAACUCUCCAAAGCACAAACAACCGUGAGCACAAAGUUUUCUACUGCGGCAUUUAAUUUACAGGGGCAUGUCAUGUCAACACACGAGGGCCAUGUAACAUUGGACUACUGGUGAAAAUGAUAUGUUGCUUUAAAUCAGCUCUGUUAUGUACAUUAAGCAUGCUUUGGGAAAUGUUUUAAAAGGCUACUUUGUAGUUAUACAUGUUUACCUUCUUUUAUUGAAGCACAAUAUGAAUCACGAACAGAAGAAUAUACAAUGUAUAACUUUGAGAAUACCAGGAGACCUACAGUUGGACCUCUGUAAAAACACAGUGCAGAACCUCAUCAGUUUAAAAUAAAACAUACAUGUACACCA